AUGCACCUUCCUGAACAACAACAAGUGUAUUUUAGAGCUGGUAAUGAAGCAGCAGCACUUGAGAGGGCAGAUGAACAUGAUACCCACCUAACAGCUUGGUUUAAAUUAAAUCAGCGCAAUGUUGCUGCUCGGGAGCAUCUAUAUGCCAAUAUACCAUAUCAUUUUGUGUUUAAAGAACAUGCUUGGUGUACAAGGCAACGAGGUGGUGAAAAAAUUGUCAGUAGAUUAUAUUCUGCCCAACCCAGUGAGGGUGAGAGAUUUUAUUUAAGAAUAUUACUUCUUCAUGUUCCAGGAGCUACCUCCUUUGAGUCAUUAAGAACAUUUAAUGGAGAGUUAUUCCCAACCUUUCGUGAAGCAUGUUUAGCUAGGGGACUUCUUCAAGAUGAUAAUGAAUGGAAUGGCACUCUUUUACAAGUUGCCACCAUAGGUACACCUUGGCAGCUUCGACAGACAUUCUCAUUUAUUUUAAGUCAUUGUGAGGUCAAUGAUCCUUUGACGUUAUGGCUUACCCAUAGAAAUAGUAUGAUAGAAGACUUUCUUCGUACUAUGCAAGAUUAUCAGGCUGAACAGGCUGCACUAGGUUUUAUAGCUGGUAUUAUAGGUCAGUCAGGGAAAAGACUUUCAGACUUUGGUCUUCCUGAAACAGAAGAAGCACCAGUAGAACCUCCAGCUGAUUUAGUUUAUCUUGGUCAAGAAGCUGAUAAUAUCCGUUCCACAUUAAAUCCUGAACAAUUAGAAGCAGCUGAUACAAUCAUUAGGGCUGUUAUGAAUGUCCAUAAUAACUCUCCUCAAAAUAACCGUUUAUUUUUUAUCGAUGGUCCAGGUGGAACAGGCAAAACUUACACUUAUAAUUACAUCAUAAAAGAAUUAAAGCGCAGAGGAAUGAAAGUUGGUACAUCUGCUUGGACCGGCAUUGCGGCAACACUUUUAGAUGGAGGGAGGACUGUUCACAGUCUUUUUAGAUUGCCUGUGCCGAUUGUGGAGACAAGUACUUGCAAUGUUCCUCCUACCAGUAAUCAUGCCACAUUCCUGAUGCAACAAGACUUAUACAUUUUUGAUGAAGCAUCAAUGAUCCCUAAGCAUGCCCUUCAAGCUAUCGAGACCAUGUUUAGGGAUAUUUCUAAUGUUGACAACUUAUUUGGAGGAAAAGUCAUUCUUUUAGGAGGGGACUUUCGACAAAUUUUGCCAGUAGUAAAGAGAGCCAGACCUGCUGAAAUUGUAGAAACAUGUCUUAAAAGCUCCUAUAUUUGGCCAACUGUUCAGGUAUUUAGGCUUACACACAAUAUGAGAGCUGGACAGAAUCAGCAGAUUUUUGCAAACUGGCUUUUACAACUUGGUGAUGGUAUUUUACCUACAAAAGCAACAGCGCCAUUUACGAAUAGCAUUGAAAUACCAGAAACUUGCAUUAUCCGUGAGCAGAAUGAUCAAUCACAUGUUGAUGCAGUGUUUGGAGAUGGUAACUUGGCAGAUUUUGCCAGUAGGAUUAUUCUGACCCCUACAAAUGAUGUUGCCCUUGAUAUUAAUAACAAGAUAUUAAAUAAAAUUCCAGGGGAAAUAGUAACAUAUAACAGUGCUGACUCUGUAGUUUCAGACGAUCCUGAAGAAAUUGCACUUUAUCCAGUCGAGUUUCUUAAUUCAAUUACACCUUCUGGUAUGCCACCACACAACUUGCAACUAAAACUGGGUGCAGUAAUAAUGCUUCUUCGAAAUCUAGAUUUAAAACAUGGAUUAUGUAAUGGCACUAGAUUAAUAGUACAACAGUUAAGGCAACAUGUAAUUGAUGCUGAAAUCAUUACUGGUGUUGCUACUGGUAAAAGAGUGCUAAUACCUAGAAUUCAAUUAGCGCCUUCUGACACUGGUCUUCCUUUUCAGUUACGAAGACGUCAGUUUCCUAUACGUUUGGCCUAUGCUAUGACAAUUAAUAAAUCUCAGGGACAAACAUUUAAUAAAGUUGGAAUUUAUCUUCACAGGCCAUGCUUUUCUCAUGGACAAUUAUAUGUUGCAUUUUCACGUGCACGUUCCUUUGAAGAUGUUAAGGUAAAGAUUCAUCAAACAGAAGCACAAGGGUAUGUUCAGCAUAAAUGCUAUACACCAAACAUUGUUUACAGUCAAGUGCUGUAAUAAUUGUUUGGCAUAUCCACUUAGAAUUAUAUGAUAUAUUCAUAUCUUUGUGCCUUUUUGAUACUUUAUUUGGAAAAGAAUUUAAUAAUUGAAAAUUAAUCAACCAAUUCAAUUCAGUUGGAGUGACAAAUAAAAAACAUUUACUUCAUUUUAUGUAAAAUGUUAUUAUACCAAUUCAUAAAAAAUACUGUGCACAGAAUUUAUUUUACAUUGUUUCUUUUCUGAAUAAAGUAUCAUGUUAUUUCACAGUACAAGACAGGAUGAGAUGAUUCCUGUGCAGGAUGAGAUGAUUCUUGCAAGAAGAAUUCUGUGGAUGACAUUUAAUGAAAAGGGAUUCCUGUAUUGAAAAUUAUUUUUUUGUAUAUAGGUUAUAUAGUUGAAUUUUCUUCUUAAUAUACUUUGCUUCAUGAUUUAUUUUGACAGAAUUUUUUUAAAACUCAUUAUUACAUUUUAAAAACUUCUUAAAAAUUUCCUAGAUUUUAAAUAACUUUUUUUUCUCCACAACAUAAAAA